AUUUAAAAAAAAAAAAAAAAAAAAUCUAUCUAUUAAGGGAAGAAACUAGAAAGGCAAAAUACAUUUCGUUCCUUUUCUGAUAUUGCCCUCUCUAUCUCUGUCUCUCUCUGUUCCUCUCUGAUUUGAUCUUCAACAAGUUUCACUCCAACUCAGUGCAGAGUUUGAUCCUUGAAUUUCAAGAUGCCGGCUACGGCGGGUAGGGUUCGCAUGCCAGCCAAUAAUCGGGUGCACAGUAGUGCAGCCCUCCAAACCCACGGUAUAUGGCAGAGUGCGAUUGGUUAUGACCCAUACGCACCCACCAAGGAUGAAGGCAAGACCUCUGCAAGCCACAGUUCAAUGAACGCUGAACCAGAGUCUGAUAAUGCAUAUGCAAGCUUCCAAGGCCUCCUGGCUCUUGCCCGUAUAACUGGAUCAAAUGCCAAUGAGGCCCGUGGGGCCUGCAAGAAGUGUGGCCGUGUUGGACACCUCACAUUUCAGUGCAGGAAUUUUCUGAGUAUUAAGGAUGAUAUUAAGGAUAAAGACCCAGAAGCUAUCGAGGCUGCAGCUUUGGCUGAGUUGGAUAAGUUGAAGGGGAAUGUGGGUAAGAUGAAAGGGAAAAGUGCAGUUGAGAGCUCUGAUGAGAGUGAUGAAGAGGAUAGUGAGAGUUCAGAUUCAGGUGUAGAUUCAGAGAUUGAGAGGAUUAUUGCUGUGAGAAAUGGGAAGAAGAUUAGUGGCAAGGGUCGGUUGUUGAGAAAGAAGGAUUUAGAUGAAGAUGAAUCGGAUACAGAUUCAGAAAGUAAGAAAAGAGGGAGAUCUAAGAAGCGGAGUGGGAAGAGAGGAAAUGGUAAUUCGGAUGAUUCGGAUGGAGGUAGGAAGAGGAGAAAGAAGCGCAGAAAUAAGGAUGAGUCCUCAGACAAGGAUUUCGAGUAUCGGCGACGGCAUAGGAAGAGUAGGAAGGAGAAGAGGAGGCGGCGAAGUCACCGGCAUUCAGACAAUUCUGACUCUGAUGCAUCUGAGGACUCUGGUAGAGAGCGCAAGCGAACAAGCAGGAGGGUAGCUUCACCAUCUGAUUCAGAUUCAAGUGGUUUAGAUGAUUCAUGGGUCGGCAGGGACAAGAAGAGAUAUGAGAAGAAGAGCAGAAAACGACGUCAUUACGAGGAUGCGUAGAAUUUGUCCUGGGAAAGUGUUGUGCAAGUACUUCUUUGGUUAGCCCAACUCCAAACAAUGACCCUAAUUUUGCUCUGACACCAGCCAUGUAGAGCAAAGCAGGAGAUAGUUCAACUCUGAGUCGGAUCUCAUCCCUAGUUAAAGAGUGGCUUUUUAUUUUUUUGAUAAGUAUAGUUAAAGUGUGGCUUUAGGUUGUAAUUAGGUUUUUCUCUUGUAUACCUCAUAUGUAUUUAGGUUAUGCCUAAUUAUUUGGAUUAAUAAAUUAUUCUUACUUAUAUACAAAAAGAUGUUAAUAGUGUGGCUUUAUUGAUCCUAAGAUUAAGGGCUCAUUUGGACACUUUAGGUGCAGUUUGGAUAGUGAGAUGAUAGGAGAUGGUUU